UACCCUUCCGUCUAAGGACACUACCUUGUGACGUAGGUAGUUAGUGUCCUUAUGAGCAUCCUUCCCCUGAAUUCGGACACAGCCAAAGUGCAAUGAUGCUUCCUGAUGAUGCGUUUAUGGUCCGGUAAUUGUUUCCUUUUGUGUAUUGCCUUUUCCUACGGACAAGUAGUGCUCCAAAAUCCCAACUGCACGUUCCUAGUGGUGGAUGACGUGGAUGACGUUGUGCGUCGGUCAAACGGUGAUUGGUUGAGAGGUGGGCCGAAACAGGGAAGGAAAGGACAGAUGACUUCCACCAGGAGCAAGAGACGAGCUAAAAAAAAUAAUAAUGAACACAGCAAGAGAGGCACAGACAGCGGCUGUAGAGGACGCUUUUCAUUUCCUUUAACACUCUGUUUGACUUCAGCUCUUUGUAUUCUGUAACUUCAGUGUUGUCCACGGCUGGCUGAGUAGCCCACUCACCUGUAGCCUGCCACCUAUUUUCGGCACUGCCUCCAUCGACAACAGACGCUCUCUGCAGGUAGACGUGUCGUCCACGGACUGCCAACGCGUUACCACUACUGUAUAAUGUACACCGAUAUAUAAGUCACACCCCACUGUAUGCUCGAGUCACACUGUAGCUUAUUUCAUACACGCCCAGAGGUGAACUUGAGAUAAAGCUGUGAGAGCGACAGUCUUACAAUUUCAUGCGAACCAAGGAUGUCGACGAGUAAGGACCCAGAGAUAGUUAUAAUAGGAUGUGGAGUAUCGGGUAUAGCAGCGGCUCACCGGCUUGUCAAAGCUGGAUAUCGUCAUGUGCGGAUACUUGAGGCGACUGGAAGAAGCGGGGGACGAAUAAAAACGGCAGCUCUGGGUAACACCAUUACAGAGAUUGGUGCAGCUUACAUUCAUGGCCCAUCUGAGAAGAACCCAUUGUUUUGUCUGGCUCGUGACUAUGGCCUCUUGCCUCCAGAAGCCCUCAAUCCAGAGAACCAGGCUGUAGACGUGGAUGAAGAUCCUCCCUUGGUCCCCAACUGGUUCAGCAGUUCAGGUCAGAGGCUGAGUGCAGAAAGCAUGGAACCAGCUGAGGAGCUGUUUUCUGAGAUUUUGGAUAACACUUCAAAAUUUCAAAAUCCCAAAAACACAUCCUGGAAGAGUGUAGGACAUUUCAUGCGAACAAAGGCGCAGAACCAAGCAGCAGGAAGGUGGAAAGAUAAGGAUGAAACCACCAGGCAGCUGCUUCUCUCUGCCUUCAGUACUAUGCUGAAGUUUGAGUGCUGUGGAAGUGCCACUCAUAGCAUGGAUGACAUAGACCUGGCAGGGUUUUCUAUGUUUAAGAGCCUACGUGGCGUGGACUGCACGCUUCCAAGAGGAUUUGAGCGCCUAAUCGAGAACUUGAUGUCUGAACUCCCCUCUGAUUUGGUGACCUACAAUUGCCCUGUGCGCUGUGUCCACUGGAGCAACACAGAGGGUGGCUUAAGUCCUGUGACGGUUGAGUGUGAGAAUGGGGAGAGGAUUGCUGCUGAUCACGUUAUUGUCACUGUGCCCUUAGGAUAUCUGAAGAAGCACCACUCCACUCUGUUCCACCCUCCUCUCCCGGCCCACAAGCUGAAGUCAAUCGAGACACUAGGAUUUGGAACAUGUGACAAAAUAUUUGUGGAGUUUGAAUCGCCGUGGUGGGAUGCUGAUUGUGAAAUCAUCUACCUCGUGUGGGAAGACGAGGAGACUGUGUCAGACCAAGUGUCAGAUGUGAGUAAAUCCUGGAUAAGGAAGUUGGUGACAUUCACUGUGCAUAAACCUUCUGAAAAGGGUAGCCAUGUUCUCUGCGGCUGGAUUUGUGGCCAUGAGGCAGAGUAUAUGGAGACACUUCCUGAGGAGGAAGUGAGAGAAUCAAUCACAAAGCUCGUCCGUACAUUCACAGGAAACGGUACCAUCACACCAAAGAGAAUCCUGUGUUCCCGGUGGUUCACUGAUCCCUGGACAUACGGUUCCUACUGUCACCCAGCCAUAGGCUGUACAGCCAAGGACCUGAAGAACAUGAUGGAACCUCUGCCUUCACAGGAAACUCUGUCACAGCCCCUGCAGGUGUUGUUUGCCGGAGAGGCAACCCAUCCUUGCUUUUACUCCACCGUCCAUGGAGCAAUUCUCACUGGGUGGAGAGAAGCAGAUAGACUCAUCUCUCACUACUGGGCUUCUGUUAGCCCAUGAAUUCCCUGUAAUCUAAGAAAUUUAAAGAUAAAGACUUUUCUUUUAGCUUUUUUUUUUUUUUUACUAA